UUUACUCUAGGAGUUCUGCGUUUAUGGCUCGUUUGGUUCUGCCGUGCAAGGGUUCAAGUGUUGCGAGGACGAGUCUUUUGAGUUUGAUCUCAUCUGCUCCUCUUCAAUCUACGUGCUGUGUUAGUAUUCUUAAUAAUUCAGCAAAAGGUAUCUGUAAAUAUAAGCGGUUCUUUACUUCAGAGGUCGAAUGCAGAAAGAAUUUUAAGUUUAUAUAUCCUUCAUUCUCUAAGGCUAAUCACUUGAGCAGGAGGCUAAUUUGUUCGGUUGCCACAGAAACCCUGUCAAAACAAGUUGAAUCCAAAAUGGAUACACCAAAAGAAAUCUUUUUGAAGGAUUAUAAGAUGCCCGAUUACUACUUUGACACGGUGGAUUUGAAGUUUUAUCUCGGUGAGGAGAAAACGUUUGUUAGUUCCAAAAUUACUGUAUUCCCCAGAGUUGAAGGUUCUUCUUCUCCAUUGGUGUUGGAUGGGCAUGAUGUCAAGUUACUUACAAUUCGGGUCAAUGGAAAAGAACUGAAGGAAAAUGAUUAUCGCGUCGAUUCACGCCAUUUGACACUUCAUUCACCACCUGGUGGUACAUUUACCUUGGAAAUUGCUACCGAGAUCUAUCCUCAGAAGAACACAUCAUUGGAGGGCCUUUACAAGUCAUCUGGGAAUUUUUGUACACAGUGUGAAGCCGAGGGUUUCCGCAAGAUUACAUUCUAUCAGGACCGCCCUGAUAUAAUGGCAAAAUACACAUGCUACAUUGAAGCUGAUAAAUCAUUGUACCCUGUAUUGUUGUCUAAUGGAAACCUUGUGGAGCAAGGAGACCUGGAGGGGGGCAAACAUUUUGCCAUUUGGGAGGAUCCCUUCAAGAAACCUUGCUACUUGUUUGCCUUAGUUGCUGGACAAUUGGAGAGCAGAGAUGGCUCAUUUGUCACCCGUUCAGGUCAGAAGGUGGCCCUAAGAAUUUGGACCCCAUCUCAAGAUGUACCAAAGACUGCACAUGCCAUGUAUUCACUUAAGGCGGCUAUGAAAUGGGAUGAGGAUGUUUUUGGUCUUGAGUAUGACUUGGGUCUCUACAAUAUUGUGGCUGUUCCUGAUUUCAACAUGGGAGCUAUGGAGAACAAGAGUUUAAAUAUAUUCAAUUCAAACCUUGUAUUAGCAUCACCAGAAACUGCUUCAGAUGCAGAUUAUGCUGCAAUCUUGGGAGUUGUUGGCCAUGAGUAUUUCCACAACUGGACUGGCAACAGAGUGACAUGUCGUGAUUGGUUCCAGCUAAGUCUGAAGGAAGGUCUAACCGUCUUUCGUGAUCAGGAAUUUUCAUCUGACAUGGGGAGCCGGGCUGUUAAGCGGAUUGCUGAUGUGUCAAAGCUUAGGAACUAUCAGUUUCCACAGGAUGCUGGUCCCAUGGCUCAUCCUGUAAGGCCACAUUCAUACAUCAAGAUGGAUAACUUCUACACAGUGACGGUGUAUGAAAAGGGUGCUGAAGUUGUGAGGAUGUACAAAACUUUACUUGGGAGUCAAGGUUUUAGAAAAGGAAUGGAUCUCUAUUUUAAGAGACAUGAUGGUCAAGCGGUAACCUGUGAAGAUUUCUUUGCUGCCAUGCGUGAUGCCAAUGACGCAGAUUUUGCUAAUUUUUUAACUUGGUACUCCCAAGCUGGGACCCCUAUUUUGAAAGUUACGACAUCUUACAACCCUGAGGCUCAUACUUUCUCAUUGAAGUUUAGUCAAGAUGUACCCCCAACUCCUGGGCAGUCGGUUAAAGAACCCAUGUUCAUUCCUGUGGCAUUAGGUUUGCUGGACUCAACUGGCAAAGACAUGCCUUUAUCCUCCGUGUAUCAUGGAGGGAUAUUGCAGUCUAUUGCAAUCAAUAAUAAGCCAGUUUACACAGCAGUUCUUCCAGUAACCAAGAAAGAUGAAGAAUUUGUGUUCUCUGACAUUCCAGAGCAGCCUAUCCCUUCUAUAUUGCGUGGCUACAGUGCUCCAGUUCGUCUUGAAACUGACCUAUCGGAUAGUGAUCUGUUUUUCCUCCUUGCUCAUGAUUCGGAUGAGUUCAAUCGUUGGGAGGCAGGACAAGUGUUGGCGCGUAAGCUGAUGCUCAGCUUGGUUGCUGAUAUUCAGCAAAACAAGCAGUUGGUACUGAACCCAAAGUUUGUGCUUGGCCUAAAAAGCAUACUCAGUGAUUCAAGCUUGGACAAGGAAUUCAUUGCUAAGGCAAUAACUCUGCCUGGUGAAGGUGAAAUAAUGGACAUGAUGGAAGUUGCAGAUCCAGAUGCUGUGCAUGCUGUUCGUACUUUUAUCAGGAAGCAACUUGCACAGGAACUGAAAGAAGAGCUUAUCAGCACUGUUGUAAACAAUAGAUGCUCCGAAGAAUAUGUGUUUGAUCAUCCUCAAAUGGCUAGGCGUGCUCUUAAGAAUAUUGCUCUUGCAUACCUGGCAUCCCUUGACGAACCAGAAUUCACUGAGCUUGCACUGCAUGAGUAUAGGGCUUCCACAAAUAUGACAGAGCAAUUUGCAGCUUUGGCGGCCAUAGCCCAGAACCCUGGUAAAACACGUGACGAUGUUCUGGCUGAUUUUUACAACAAGUGGCAGCAUGACUUUUUGGUUGUGAAUAAGUGGUUUGCACUUCAAGCCAUGUCCGACAUACCUGGAAAUAUUGAGAAUGUUCGGAAGCUCUUAAACCAUCCAGCAUUUGACUUGCGCAAUCCAAACAAGGUGUACUCACUCAUUGGAGGUUUCUGUGGCUCUCGUGUGAAUUUCCAUGCAAAGGAUGGGUCGGGCUAUGAGUUCCUCGGAGAAAUUGUGCUGCAACUAGACAAACUAAAUCCUCAGACUGCAUCAAGGAUGGUGUCAGCCUUCUCAAGGUGGAGGCGAUAUGAUAAAAACCGGCAGAAUCUUGCCAAGGUACAACUGGAGAAAAUCUUGUCUACCAACGGAUUGUCAGAGAAUGUCUUCGAAAUUGCGUCGAAAAGCUUAGCCGCUUAACCAAUUAAAUCUUUUUUUGGAUGGGAAACUGCAUAUAAGUAUUACAAGAGAUGAAAAAAUAAUCCUGGUCUGGCUGGUUAUUACAGAACAUACACACUGCAAUGCUUUCUGCCGUUUACAUGUCUGCUACAGAGCUGCUUGCAAUUCUGUGGAUUCUCAUACUUAUAUGUUUAAUGAUAUAAAGAGAUUUUAGUUUUACUAUAAUUAUAUUUUACAAAUUUUUAACUGUUGUUGAAAUUAACAGAUGGAUUUUGAAUAAGAUUUUGAAUAAGCAUUGAUGUAAUUGUAACUGAGAUAAAAAUUAAAUAAAAUUAAAAGGGUCUAAAUGAAAUUCUCUA